AAGAUAUGUUACUUCUCUGUCGGACAGCAGGGGGCAGCAUAUUCAACACUGUUGAACUUGAAAGAGAUUGGUAACAGAUUUGAAGUCGCUUGAUAUCAAAUAGGCUGCUUGAUGAGUUUCGUAUUUAAGCCGUUUGCUUAAAUUAUUUUGGGGGAUAAAAAAAGACUCCGAACAGUUUACAGCUCUGUGGAAUUUAAAAACACAUUAAAGCACAAAGACUUUGACCAAAUUCGCCUCUGUUGACGGGACGCUCGCAGUCUGAGAAUAAGUUAGUGAACCCCGUGUUGUUCCGUGACUGCUGCGAUCGACAGCUGUGAAUUUCCUCAAAUCAAACCGACAUAAACAAACAUCAAACACCAGGAUAACUGAUGACGAGCGCUGGGAGAUUUUUUGGCAUAUUUUAUCGACAGAUAUUUGUUCCAUCGUGUGUGUUUGUGCGCCUCUGAGGGAUUUCCCGUAUGUUGGAUGUUUAUUCUUGCGGUUAUGUCGCGUUUCUCUGAAGUCUUGAGCUCUAAUGGUGUGCUGGAGAAAUACACUUCUACGUAACGCUCCACCCAUCUCUCCACCUAACACGCUUUACAUUAUUUAAGAAUAGAAACACCUUCCUCUGACAUGACUUGAGAAGUGUCGGCUUUGAAAGCGAAGCUGUCUGCAUUCACAAAGACAUGAACUUAGAUGGGGACAGCAGCAUGUCAGUCAGUUGUGGGAAUGGCAAACUUAGACAGUGGCUCAUCGAUCAGAUUGACAGCGGGGAGUACCCUGGCUUGGUUUGGGAAAAUGACGAGAAAAGCAUUUUCAGGAUUCCCUGGAAACACGCGGGAAAGCAGGACUACAACCGCGACGAGGACGCGGCGCUCUUCAAGGCUUGGGCCCUGUUCAAAGGCAAGUACAGAGAAGGCUUGGACAAACCAGACCCCCCAACGUGGAAGACCAGGCUGCGUUGUGCCCUGAACAAAAGCAAUGACUUUGAUGAACUGGUGGAGAGAAGCCAGCUGGACAUCUCAGAUCCUUACAAGGUCUACAGAAUAAUACCAGAAGGAGCCAAGAGAGGCUCUAAGUCCAGCAGUAUGGAUGACAGCGCAGCACACGUGACUUCUAUUAGUUAUCCAAUGCAUUCUUCUUAUCCUCCUCUACAGCCUCAGAUGCCGGGAUACAUGCUUCCCCAGGAGAGACGAGACUGGAGGGAAUACAGCGGCGAUCAGCCUCAUCCUCAGGCUCCUCAUGCAGAGUUACCAUACGGCCAGUGCCCGUAUCCGCCGACGCGCUCCUUACCCUGGCACCCAUCAGCCUGUGACAACGGAUACCAGAUAUCUGGCUCCUUCUACACAUAUUCGCCUACAGAAACCCAUCCGGUGGCAAUGGACCCCAAUAUGAGAUCCGCCGAAGCCAUGGCCAUUUCAGACUGUCGCCUGCACGUCUCUCUGUAUUACCGCGAGUCUCUGGUGAAGGAGGUGACCACCAGCAGCCCUGAAGGCUGUCGCAUCUCCUCCUCUCCGUCUCCAGGGUCCCCCUCGUCCCCGUCUUCCCCGGGCCCCGAGGAGCGGCUGUACGGCGGGGUCGAGCCCGUGCUCUUCCCCUUCCCGUACCCUCAGUCGCAGCGGCGCGGGGCCGAGAAGCUGCCCAAUGUGCUGGAGCGUGGCGUGCUGCUGUGGCUGGCUCCGGACGGGCUUUACGCCAAGCGCCUGUGCCAGGGCCGCGUGUACUGGGAGGGUCCGCUGGCCCCGUACGCAGACAAACCCAACAAGCUGGAGAAAGAGCAGACCUGCAAGCUGAUGGACACGCAGCAGUUCCUCUCAGAACUGCAGGGCUUCAUUCACCACGGCCGUCCCAUGCCGCGCUCUCAGGUGGUGCUGUGUUUCGGAGACGAGUUUCCAGACCCUCAGCGGCAGAGCAAAAUGAUCACAGCUCAGGUGGAGCCCAUGUUUGCCCGGCAGCUCCUGUAUUUUGCGGGUCAGACCAACGGUCACUACUUGCGCGGAUAUGAGCUUCAGAGUCAAGGUGCUUUACCUGUAGAAGAGUAUCAGAGAAGCAUCCAGCACUUGCAGGAGUAACAAGCCUCACAUAUAAGCAGCUGAGAUACUGCAAAGCCCAGCCGCUCGUACUGUAUCUGCUCUACAGCCGGCGGAGACUAGUGAGAGCCAAUGGAGGAUCAUUCACAUCUUAAUGAAGACUUGAAAUCGCCUUGCGAUUACCUGACCAAGUGCCCACUUUCACAUCCCAAAAGCUACAAACAUGAAAAUCCAGCUCUUCGGACACCAUACAGUAUUGGAUGCAGUCAUUUUGUAUGAAAAAGUUUCAUGAAUUCAACGAGUCCAAAAGUCUGAAAACCCACGGAAAAAUUUUAGUUUGUUUUGUCAGCUUCUUUUCUGACACAAACCACAUGCUAAAACAUUGUCAAGUUCAUUUCAAUUCAACUUUUCACUCACAUUGUGCUGAUAAUGUCAUUUGUAGUGACAAAUUAUGCAAAGCAGAAGAGUACGCAGGUUUUUGGACUCCCAAAUAUUUCAUAUGGACAUUUAAGAGAGAAGCUAACCAAAAAUAGAACUACAAUCUAACAAUUUUUCCCCAUAAAAUAUAGUAAUGGUUUGUUAGUGGGACAAAUAUUUUUGGUAAGUUGAUGUAUAGUUGCAUAGAUUUUCUAUUACAGGUCUAUACUGCUCUGCUUUUCUAACACAAUCCUCUUUUUUUCUCAUUGUUUUUAACUCUGCACCGUGCGAGUAUUUAUAUUGUAUGUAUGUAAGUUUCUAUAUGCACAGCCGAAUGUACUGUACAGCUGUAUAGAUAUCUUGAAUGUAAUCAAAGUAAUUAUUUCUCUGAAUAGCAUCUGACAAGAAGUUAUAUAAUGCUAAAUACUAAGAAACAGUUUGUGGUUGUGUGUGUGUGUGUGUGUGUGUGUGUGUGUGUUAUCUGCCUUCAAGUAAAGAUCAAUCAUGACAAAAUCUGCUUCUCCCCUCUGUCUGUCUGUGUGUGUGUGUGUGUGUGUGUGUGUGUGCGCGUGCGCGUGUGUGUGUGUGUGUGUGUGUGUGUGUGUUCACGUGUUGGGUGCUGAUGGGAACACACUAUAUAGCAGGGCACUGCCCACAAAACUGUGAUGUCAGAUGUGUGAAUGAAAGAGGCAUGAAGAGAAAGACCUUUUCAAAUUUCUAGUUUCUAUUCUCAGAACCGUUUUUAUUGUAUUUUGUGUUGUAUCGUCUAUUUUAUUUCAAAUCUGUGCAUUUUUCAAAGUCAAGUCAAAUAAAGAUAUUUUUCUUAUGA